GUUUUUCUUUCCUUCUGUAAGGCAAAAGAGUGGAAAUUGGGUCUUAGGUGCUGAGAGCAAAAGGUCUGCAGUAGUUUGCCUGGCGAUUUUUCCUCUAUCAGGGUACUGCAACUGUCCCCUGACAUCGGUGCACAUCCCAAAGCGCAACCASCAAUGGCUUCCCUGAGUCAACUGGAGGUCCUUACCAUAGACACCGCUUGUGCCAUUUGUAUGGACUACCUGCAGGACCCUGUUAUGAUUCCUUGUGGCCACAGCUUUUGUAGAGCCUGUAUCACCCAAUACUGGAAGCCAGUGGUUAAAGACUUUAGCUGCCCGACGUGUCGGCAUGUUUGUGCUCAGCAAAUCAUGUACCCCAACCGGCAGCUGGCCAGCAUAGUAGAGGCAGCCAGGCAGUUGCCUUUUGUCAAGGGAAAGAUACAGGAGGAGGAGAUCUGCUACAAGCAUCAUGAGGCCAUCAAUCUCUUCUGCAAGGAGGACCAGGAAGCCUUGUGUGUUGUUUGUGCAGUCUCCCAUGGCCAUCUCUAUCAUUCGGUAGGGCCCCUAGAUGGAGUCCUCAAAAACUACAAGGAUAAGCUACAAGCUUGCUUGGAGGACCUGGGCCGGAAAGCAAAGGAUUUGAAGGAACAUUUAUCCAUGGAGGAGAAAAAGCCCAAGGAGUUGAGGGAGUUAGUGCGCAACUGUCAUAAGCGCAUCACCUAUGACUUUAAAGAGCUGCAGUCCUUCCUGGAGCAAGAGAAAGACCAGCAGUUGCAUUGCCUGAGAGCAGAAGAGACUGAGAUCUUGGGGAGGCUGAAGACCACCAGAGCGCAUCUCUCGGAGCAGUGCUGCUCUCUCAACACCCUCAUGGUGGACAUGGAGAGAUGCCUGGAGUCCAGAGCAGGGGUGCUCAAGGACAUGCAAAGCCUCUUGCAGAGGUAUGAAACUUUUAAGAAUCUGGAGUUGCCUUCUGUCUCUGUGGAGCUGAAGAGGUCAAUGGCCUAUUUCCCUAGGCCAUUAUUUCACCUUAARAAGAUGCUGAAGAAGUACACAGGAGAUGUGACUCUGGACCCUCUGACAGCUCAUCCCAAUUUGGUGCUCUCGGAGAAUCUAAAGAGCGUUUAUUUCAUCGACAUCCCCCAGGAGCUGCCACACAGUUCUCGGCGUUUCACURCAUACCCCUGUGUGCUGGGAUCAUCUACCUACUCAUCUGGCCGCCACUAUUGGGAGGUGGAAGUAGGGAAYAAAACCCACUGGGCUCUGGGGGUCUGUUACGAGUCUGCCAGUUCCAACGUACAAGAGCCCAAGCAGGAGAUGGGCUAUUGGAGGGUGCGUCUAUGGAAUGAACAAUAUGUGGCCAUGACGACCCCCUUUACCCCACUGCUGCUUAACGUUAAACCCAAGCGUGUUGGAAUCUUCCUUGACUAUGAAGCYGGAAAAGUCUCCUUUUAUAACAUGACUAACUGCUCUCAUAUCUACACCUUCGAUGUCAUCUUUGCUGAGGCAGUCUGUCCCCUCUUCUAUCCAGGCAUAUGCAUAGGUGAUGUUAAUGCUGACCCACUGAGUAUAUGUGAACCCUCCGACUGGUACUAAUGGUUUGUUGCUCCUUUUCUAAUAGAUACAAUAUGCAAUAGAAAAAAAUGUCCAAAAGGAAAUCCUGAGCAAACCUCUGGUCCAAAACCUGUUUUCAGCAACAAGAAGCCCUGGAUUUACAAGGAAACUAAGUAUGCUUGCUUCUCCCCAUGUUAGACCUCUGCAGCUCCCCAUAAUCUCUAGCAGCUUCUGGAACCUUGUAGAGCAGUUAAGAUAACCCUAGAAGGGUGCUCAAGUCUAUAUUGCUUUUUGUGUGUGUGCAUUUUUAAAUUCCAGACUAAUUGGCAGUCUGUGUUGAUGAAUGCCU